AUCUUUUUCUUCAGUCGCUGCUUAGGGCUUAUCUGAGGUUCUGCGGAUCAAAACUGCGACCCAAAUCAAACACAUGCGUUUGGAGUCGUGAUUUCUCAACCCAACGAAACCCCCCAUCUGUGCAGGAAACAACAUUGCAGAAUCCAAACCCUGAUCAUAUAAUCGAACGGUCUUAUUCAAAGCCCUGCUUUCUCAAUUCAAUGAGACCUCCAUGAUCGCUGCGAAAGAAUUCUUGGCCGCUGCCCACACAGUCUCUCUGCGUGCUAUUGCGCUGCAUUCCCUGCUAACGGCGGCGUAAUCUGUGAUUUGUAUUGUCUCGAUUUCCAGAGGAGAGCCUUCAAACACUAGAAUGAGGGUGUACGGAACUGGAACUUAUGAUUUCAAGCGCCACCGAGUCGCGGAGUACCCAGUCGACCCAGCCAGCCAGCUUGCUGAUAAAGGGGCUGAUGCAAAGCCCGGAUCGAAUCUACCGGGCUCAAUAACGCUGGUCGAGAUUCAGAGCGACCGGUUGACGAAGAUUGCAGCGUCGAAUUGGUCAGCGGCAGUGGGUGGCGAUGUGGGAAAGCAGCGAAGGCCCUUUGAUGCCGAGCUGGUGAAGGAAAUUUACGAGACGGAGCUGACAGUGAAGGGCGGGCGCUGGCCAGUGCCGUUGCACAGGGUGAUGAUUUUGGAAGUGAGUCAGUAUCUGGAGAAUUAUCUGUGGCCGAAUUUUGAUCCCGAGACAGCGACCUUCGAGCAUGUUAUGUCAAUGAUAGUCAUGGUGAAUGAGAAGUUUCGAGAGAAUGUGGCUGCUUGGACGUGCUUCUAUGAUAGGAAGGAUGCGUUCAAGGCUUUUCUUGAUAGGGUUCUUCGUCUUAAGGAGCAGGGAAGAAGCUUAAGUAUUGCGGAGAAGACUAAUUAUUUGCUCUUCAUGAUUAAUGCUUUUCAGAGUUUGGAAGAUGAAAUUGUCAGUGAGACUGUUCUUAGGUUAGCAAGUCUACAGUCUUGGCACAGUUUGUCAUAUGGUCGGUUCCAGAUGGAGCUUUGUCUAAAUCUCGAUUUGAUCAAGAAAUGGAAAAGGAUGAUUAAGAGAGAGGCUAAAGAUGCCAUGAAACAGGGAGAGCGUUUUGACCCCUCAACAACACCUGAAGUAAAGUUUUUGAAAGAUCUUAUCAAAGAGUUUCUGGAGGUACUGGAUUCUAACGUUUUUCUCCACAAAGAUGGGGAUGCUGAAGGGGAGGAAUUUGUUGAUGCUAGUGGUCUUGAGCAUGUUGAUGAUGCCAGUGUCUUGUAUUGUGAGAGAUUUAUGGAAUUUCUCAUUGAUCUGUUAAGCCAACUCCCAACAAGGAGAUAUCUGAGGCCUCUUGUGUCUGAUGUAGCUGUUGUUGCCAAAUGCCACUUAAGUGAUCUUUAUACUCAUGAAAAAGGGAAAUUAUUUGCUCAAUUGGUUGACUUGCUACAGUUCUAUGAGGGUUUUGAGAUCAAUGAUCAUGUAGGGACACAACUCAACGAUGAUGAGGUGCUCCAAUCUCAUUAUGAUCGUUUUCAGUCUUUCCAGUUACUGGCUUUUAAGAAGAUUCCCAAGUUGCGGGAACUGGCACUGGCCAACAUUGGUGCGAUUCACAAGCGCAUUGAUCUUUCAAAGAAAUUGUCUGUACUUUCUCCUGAAGAAUUGAAAGACUUAGUCUGCUGUAAGCUCAAACUGGUUUCAAAGGAAGAUCCCUGGUCCGAACGGGUUGAUUUUCUUAUUGAAGUCAUGAUUUCAUUUUUUGAGAAACAUCAGUCUCAAAAAGAAGCAAUAAAUGCUCUCCCACUUUACCCAAAUGAGCAGAUUAUGUGGGAUGAAAGUGUUGUACCGAGUAUCAAUUACUCUGGGGAAGGGUGUUUGGCUCUUCCAAAACUUAAUCUACAAUUUUUAACCUUACAUGAUUAUCUGUUAAGAAAUUUCAACCUCUUCCGGCUUGAAUCAACAUAUGAGAUUCGCGAGGAUAUUCAGGAGGCUGUACCACACCUCCUUGCCUACAUCAAUAGUGAGGGGGAUUCUGCUUUUCGUGGUUGGUCAAGAAUGGCUGUGCCAAUUAAAGAAUUUAGGAUUACUGAGGUCAAGCAGCCAAACAUUGGUGAAGUUAAGCCAGCAUCUGUGACAGCAGAAGUUACUUUUAGCAUAUCUAGUUAUAAAGCGCAAAUAAGAUCAGAAUGGAAUGCCCUUAAAGAGCAUGAUGUUUUAUUUUUGCUUUCCAUUCGUCCCUCAUUUGAGCCACUAAGUGAAGAGGAAGCUGCAAAGGCCAGUGUGCCGCAGAGGCUUGGACUUCAGUACGUACGUGGAUGUGAAGUUAUUGAGAUACGUGAUGAGGAGGGAGCUCUCAUGAAUGAUUUCACUGGGAGAAUAAAACGGGACGAGUGGAAGCCACCAAAAGGUGAACUGAGAACUGUGACCAUCGCUCUGGAUACGGCACAAUACCACAUGGAUGUCACUGAUAUUGCUGAGAAAGGUGCAGAAGACGUUUAUGGGACAUUCAAUAUAUUGAUGAGGAGGAAACCCAAGGAAAAUAAUUUUAAAGCAAUUUUGGAAUCCAUACGAGAUCUUAUGAAUGAAACCUGUAUUGUACCUGACUGGUUGCACAAUAUAUUUCUUGGUUAUGGGAAUCCUUCUGCUGCACAAUGGACUAAUAUGCCUGAUCUUCUGGAGAUGGUAGAUUUCAAAGAUACUUUUCUUGAUGCAGAUCACUUGAGAGAGAGUUUUUCGGAUUAUCAGGUUUGUUUUAUAAAUCCAGAUGGCACAGAAAACAUGCAUCCAAGUCCCCCUUUUCGGAUUAGGCUUCCCAGGACAUUGAAAGGCAACACUCAUGCUCUUCCAGGAAAUAACAAGUCUACAAUAGCUUCAAUGAAUGAUGUCAGUAUGGUAGAUGCUGGCUCUGACAAGGAAAGACUUGUUGUUGAAGCAUACAUCCCUCCUGAUCCAGGUCCUUAUCCCCAAGAUCAGCCAAAACAGAAUUCAGUGAGAUUUACGCCCACACAGAUUGGAGCAAUCAUCUCAGGUAUUCAGCCAGGACUAACAAUGGUUGUUGGUCCUCCUGGUACGGGAAAGACUGAUACCGCAGUUCAAAUCUUGAAUGUUCUUUAUCACAAUUGCCCUUCUCAGAGAACAUUAAUUAUAACCCAUUCAAAUCAGGCUUUGAAUGAUCUUUUUGAGAAGAUAAUGCAGAGGGAUGUGCCAGCACGCUAUCUUCUUAGGUUAGGUCAGGGUGAACAAGAAUUAGCAACUGAUCUUGACUUCAGCCGUCAAGGCCGGGUAAAUGCAAUGCUGGUGCGACGGUUAGAACUGCUUAGUGAAGUAGAGAGGCUUGCACGUUCUCUUCAACUGCCUGAGGAUGUAGGUUACACUUGUGAAACUGCAGGAUACUUUUGGUUGCUCCAUGUCUACUCCCGCUGGGAGCAAUUCCUUGCAGCUUGUGCGGAGAACCAAGAGAAAGCAACAUUUGUUCAGGACUGUUUCCCUUUUAAGGAAUUCUUCUCCAACACCCCUCAGCCAGUAUUUACUGGCAAGUCGUUUGAGAAAGACAUGCGAGCAGCCAAGGGGUGCUUUCGUCACCUUAAAACUAUGUUCCAAGAGCUUGAAGAAUGUAGGGCAUUUGAAUUGCUGAAGUCUACAGCUGAUCGAGCAAAUUACUUGAUGACCAAGCAGGCGAAAAUUGUGGCAAUGACAUGCACUCAUGCUGCUUUAAAGAGGAAAGAUUUUCUUCAGCUAGGAUUCAAGUAUGACAACUUGUUGAUGGAAGAAAGUGCACAAAUUUUGGAGAUUGAAACUUUCAUCCCCAUGUUGCUCCAGAGGCAGGAAGAUGGCUAUGCACGGCUUAAGCGCUGUAUAUUGAUUGGCGAUCAUCACCAGUUGCCUCCUGUUGUAAAGAAUAUGGCUUUCCAGAAGUACAGCCAUAUGGAUCAGAGUCUGUUUACAAGGUUUGUUCGCCUGGGUAUUCCUUACAUUGAGCUCAAUGCCCAAGGUAGAGCCAGGCCCAGUAUAGCCAAACUUUACAAUUGGAGGUAUAGAGAUCUAGGGGACCUUCCUUAUGUAAAGGAGGGAGGUAUCUUUCAUAGGGCAAAUGCUGGCCUUUCCUAUGACUAUCAGUUGGUAGAUGUACCUGAUUACCUUGGGAGAGGUGAGACUGCCCCUUCGCCUUGGUUCUAUCAAAAUGAGGGAGAGGCUGAAUAUGUUGUAAGUGUCUAUAUGUACAUGCGUUUACUAGGGUAUCCUGCAAAUAAGAUAUCUAUCCUGACGACUUACAAUGGCCAAAAGCUUCUGAUCCGUGAUGUUAUUAACAGACGUUGUGUUCCAUAUGAUUUCAUUGGACCACCAAGCAAGGUUACAACAGUUGAUAAAUUCCAAGGUCAGCAAAAUGAUUACAUCUUACUUUCUCUUGUGCGUACUCGCUUUGUUGGCCACCUUCGUGAUGUUAGAAGAUUGGUUGUUGCCAUGUCUCGUGCUCGUCUUGGUUUGUACGUGUUUUGCCGCCGGUCUUUGUUUGAACAAUGCUAUGAGCUACAACCUACAUUUCAACUUCUGCUUCAGAGACCUGAUUGCCUUGCAUUAAAUUUGAGUGAGAGUAUACCAUUCACGGAGCGCCAUGUUGAAGAUACUGGAUCUAUACAUCUUGUCAGUGGGGUUGAAGAGAUGGCUAGCAUCAUCAAUUUUAAAAUACAUCAGAUCUAUCAGGCACGGGCUAUGAAACAGCAAUUUGAUCAGAUUUCAGCUUAUUCGGGACAAGUAGCUCCAUCCAUGGGUUCAUCUGAGCAGCAAAACAGCCGGCAGGAUUCAACAUCCCCAGACCAUGCAGGUGAUGCCAAUAUGCCUGCCUCUGAAAGUCGUGUUUUUCAGGAUUCGCUACCUGAAAGCAAGUCGGAGGAGGCUACAACAAUGGAAAUCCUCACAAAUGGUCAGAAUGGGGAUUUACCACCUGGGAGUAGUUUGAAAGGGGAGGCAGAUUCGGGAGUUCUCAUGGAUGUUGACAAUGGUGUGUUACUUGAAAGCAUUUCAAAUGAGGAAAACAAGACAGAAUAGUCAUGUUGAUGGUUUUCCUAAUGAAGAUCGGUUUCUAUUCUUGAAUUUGUUGUGGAUUUGGCAGUCUUGUGCAUUUGUUUCAGGUGAUGCCAACUGACCAAAAGCUGGCUCAAAUGGAAGUGCCAAACUUCUCUGGUGGUUAUUGAGCAUGGCUGGUUCUUUCUUGGUAUCUAGGUUGACACGGUAAUGGUCUCAUGCAAGAAGGAUGAGUAACUUGGGGAGUGAUGUUUUGGAUCCUAAAGCUCAAACAGUUUCAUCUUGUUGGAGAGGAAAAGAAAAUGGAAAAGUGAAGAGGAAAAUGAUGGAAUUUUUUUUCACAUCUACUGGUUUUGGCGGUGCCAGUGAUGCCAACGAUGUCAUCAUGUGGAAAGGCAGAAGUCAAUUACUGGGUGUAAUGUAGUAUAUAACCUGUGAAAGGCCGGAAAAUCAUGUAAUAAUGCUGGAAAUGAAAAUGCUAGUUCACUAUUCUCU